UCUCCUUGACCGCAAGCACAAAUGAGAGGAAUAUCAGGUGUCAUACAGAUGAGAAGAGGACACAGUACCUCUUUAUGGAUGAUCCCACAUUACUACCCCUUGUUGAUGUGGAUAAAGGAUUUGCUAUUGCCUUGUUUCUGCUCCUUUGUGUUUUUCUGGCUAUGAUGAUUGUGAGAUGUGCCAAGCUCAUUAUGGAUCCAUAUAAAGACAUCCCAAACUCUAUGUGGGAAGAUUCAUAAAAGAGCUCAAUGGAAAGAGAGAGGAAUAACUGCUAAGCGAUAACAAAUUCACUGUGGGCCAUGAAAAAAUCUAUAGAGAUGAGAUAAAUUGAAUUCCAAUGGAAUUCAAGAAGAUGGAAGAUAAAUUCUAAUACAGUGGGACCUUGGCAGAAGGGACUAAAAAACAGAGCACAAUCUUUCAGGAGUUGCAAUGUCAUCUCCAGAAUCUACCUGGUUACAAGCACCUUUUGUUCUAAUAUACUUGAAUUCUCUGCUCCCGGAACCACAGUUUUAAAAGACUCGGCAUUUGCCAAUUUAAUAGCUUAGUCCUCAGACGUGACCACCAGCCCAGAGCAAACAACAUGGUCACUUGACCAAUCUCAGCCCAAUUACCAAUGAAUGUGGGAACAGGAGUUUUCGAGGUCUUCCAUUUUACUAUUAAGUAAUACAGGUGGCAAAAG